AUGGAUGUCAUUCUGGAUGUUGUCGAUACGUUCGCUCUCGAUCGAUUUUAUGCAUUUAUCCUGCCGGACAAGUUUGCUACCGGCUUAGGAAAUAACACUCUGUCUAAUCUUAAUGAGCACGUUAAGCACUACUACCCUCUUGAGGCAUCUCAUUGGGCAGAGGCCAGUGCCUGGAAAAGAGAUCAUAUUGGCAGACAGUUAAUAUCGUUCAUGCUGAUCAUGUGGAUUUUCGGAGUGACGUUGUAUCUACUUGGCAGCUGGAUCAUAUUACAUACAAUGUACGACAAGAGAUUGUUCAAGCACCCACGAUACCUUAAAAACCAAAUGCCCCAGGAAAUCAUGCAAGGAAUGAUCGCAAUGCCCAUCAUGGCCAUUCUCACAGCUCCCUUCUUCGUCCUAGAAACUCGUGGCUAUUCCAAACUCUACGAUUUCACUAGUGACAGCCCUUUUGCUGCUUACACCUGGUUGCAGUACCCAAUUUUUGUCGUCUUCACUGAUACUGGCAUCUAUUGGAUUCAUCGCUGGCUGCAUCUUCCUUCCAUCUACCCUCUCCACAAGCCACACCACAAGUGGGUCGUUCCUACUCCCUUCACCAGCUAUGCCUUCCACCCGCUUGAUGGUUGGGCCCAGAGUCUGCCUUAUCACAUAUUUCCCUUCAUCUUCCCUUUGCAGAAAUGUGCUUACUUGGGACUGUUCGCCUUUGUUACAUUCUGGACAUUGUUUAUCCACGAUGCCGAAUAUCUGUGUGACUCAACGAUCUUCAACGGUCCUGGAUGCCACACCAUGCACCACCUGUACUUCAACUACAACUACGGCCAGUACGUUACCUUGUGGGAUCGUCUUGGAGGGACUUACCGCAAGGGUGAGGAAGACAAAUUCAUCCAAGAGCAGAACCGGAAGAAGAUCCAGUGA